UUUUUUUUUUUUUUUUAGGUUUUCGCGGAAAUAUAAUGGAGAAUCUCUCUUGUGUUGUGUUUACGAAAGGCGAUCUGAGAAUGGAAAAGCGAACUCUUGAAGAGGAUCUUGAUCCACACGAUGUUUUAUUGGAGAUGCAGAAAGUUGGCAUAUGCGGAUCCGACGUUCAUUACUGGACAGCCGGUCGGAUUGCGAAUUUCGUUGUGGAAGCUCCGAUGGUCCUUGGUCACGAAGCAAGCGGACGAGUUGUCAAAGUUGGCUCACGUGUUUCUCAUCUCAAACCAGGUGACCGAGUAGCGAUCGAGCCGGGCGUGCCUUGCAGACGAUGUUCGUAUUGUGUCGGCGGGCGUUAUAACCUCUGUCCGGAUAUCCAGUUCUGCGCCACGCCCCCCGUGGACGGGAAUCUCUGUCAAUACUACAAACACGCCGCGGACUUUUGUUUCAAGCUGCCCGACCACGUGUCCGACGAGGAAGGAGCACUUCUGGAGCCACUUAGCGUUGGAGUGCACGCAUGUCGGCGAGCAGGCGUAACCCUGGGAGCCCGGGUUCUGAUUUGUGGGGCCGGACCCAUCGGGCUGGUGAAUUUGCUGGUCGCCAAGGCCAUGGGUGCCGCUUUCGUCUGCCUCACCGAUCUGGAUGAGAACCGGCUUCAGGUGGCACUGUCCAUGGGAGCAGACGCCGGGAUCACUAUCGCUAAGGAGCAAACGGCAGAUGAGGCGUUGGCGAUGAUCAAGGAAGCAUUCAAGGGGGACUCGCCUACUCAUACGAUCGAGUGCACCGGGGCCGAGUCGAGUAUCAGACUCGGAAUGCUCGCGACCAAGUCCGGGGGUGUUAUGGUGUUGGUUGGAGUGGGACCGUCGAGCUACUUGAAUGUACCCGUGUUUGAUGCGGCCGUGAGGGAAGUGGAUAUCAGAGGGAUCUUCCGUUAUGCGAAUUGCUAUCCAACAGCCUUGGAAUUCGUUGCUUCGGGAAAAUGCGACGUGAAGAAAUUGAUCACGCAUAGGUUCGAGCUGGAAGACUCAUUGAAAGCGUUUGAGGCCGCGAAGACGGGCGCUGAUGGAGCAAUAAAGGUCAUGAUCAACUGUGCAAGACCAACGGAAGUGCGUAAGUGUUGUCGUAUCGUCAAGUGCUUCUGCGUGAUUACAAACGUUCCGCGUUUAUUUUGUGUGACUGAUUUAUUGUCCUUAUCUGAAAUGUUCAAUGUUGACGUUGAACGACUCGCGCCGGUUCGAGAUGACGACUUGGAAGUCAAUGUCCCACUUCCGGACGAGCUGGUGUAUCUUUCCUUCGGAAAAAGUGAACAGCAAUCUCUCGUUCCGGACUGGAGAAAGCUCGCCGCAUUUCCUGAUCCGACAGGGCCACCGUUGGUCAAACGACGAGUCGUCUUGAAAAAUGGAGAACCCAAUAGAACUAUCCGUCGGUCAGCGGAAGCUCGGAAGAACUUCAUGUCUGACUACUAUAAUAGCGUAUUAGCCCUGAGCUGGCGUAAUAUCCUCUUCGGGAUAAGUGUAAUCACUGCGUUGACUUACGUAUUUUUUGCGUCGACGUGGUUAUUGAUAUCCGCGGCUAGGAGCUCAUCGCUUGGCGAUUCCUUGGAUGGAUUCAAUCCGUGCGUCGAUGGGCUCAUCAGCUUUCUCACCGCCCUCGAGUUUGCCGUGGAGACUAUCACUACUAUUGGCUACGGUUCGAGAGCCUUACGAGAUAUAAACUCCAGUUGUAUGUUUGCGUUCCUGACGUGGUGCUUUGCGGCCAUUACGGGAUCCGUGGUGAUAAACUUCGCCGCUUCUGUCGUGGCGACGAAACUGUCAACACCGAUGCAACGCGCCCGGACACUUGUGUUUAGUAGGAACGCGUUGAUAAGCGUACGGGAUGGAAGACUGUGUUUUAUGUGCCGAGUGGGUGAUACUGCCAACUCGAGGAUCAUAGAAGCAUCGGCUCGCGCCUUGAUCAUCCAGAAGUCCGUCCCACAAAAUAAAUCCGAAGCGCCGAUCGGGGAUGAUGCCGUGAGGAUUCGAGACAUCGACGUUCAAAUCGAUGCCUCUGACGGCAGUUUAUUUUAUAUCUGGCCCAUGACGCUGAUUCAUUGGAUCGAUUCAACGAGUCCAUUUUAUUUCCUGACGCGAGACAAUUUGAAAACUAGCCGAUUUGAGAUCGUGAUUUGUAUUGAAUGCUGCGUGGAGUCGACGUCUUCGUCCAUCACCGCCACCACGUCGUAUCUCCCGGAAGAAAUCGUUUGGGGGAGAAGGUUGUGUGCAUUUUUGGCAUCAUUAGUCCGCUCAUUUGGGAAAUUGGUGAAGGGGUCCGUCCCACAAAAUAAAUCCGAAGCGCCGAUCGGGGAUGAUGCCGUGAGGAUUCGAGACAUCGACGUUCAAAUCGAUGCCUCUGACGGCAGUUUAUUUUAUAUCUGGCCCAUGACGCUGAUUCACUGGAUCGAUUCAACGAGUCCAUUUUAUUUCCUGACGCAAGACAAUUUGAAAACUAGCCGAUUUGAGAUCGUGAUUUGUAUUGAAUGCUGCGUGGAGUCGACGUCUUCGUCCAUCACCGCCACCACGUCGUAUCUCCCGGAAGAAAUCGUUUGGGGGAGAAGUUUUGCACCGAUGGUCUCUUUUAACAAGGGUUCGGGUCAUUACGUGUCGGAUUUCGCGCUCUUUGAUGAGACUGUUGCAGUUUCUGGCAGUUUCGGGUCAAAGAAUGCAGUUGAUCCGAACCGGAGAAAGCACCGCCGCACGGGCUCGCGUCGUCUGCUCCAGCAACACGAGGAUGUUCCAAUGAUUCAUGCAAAUUCUUGAGAGAAAAAAAAUUGCCCGUUGUUCUUUUACCCUCUCCCGAUUCGCGAAAUGAUGACUCUACAGCUUAUGUUUCCCUGAUGACCCGGGUGUUUUGAGAAGAUUUUAUUGUAAAUGACUGUCGUAACGGGAGCCAAUUUUUGUUUCCGUGAAGGAAAUUAUUCAACUUUCUGAGAACCUGAAUUUCUCUCACCAUCUUGUGAAUGUGGGAUGAUUUCGAUUUUUUUUUCGAGAAUGAAAUCGAGUCAUCGUCACGAAUGGUCCCUGUCCGAAGACCACAAGAUUAUGUCCAGUUUCUCUACGGCGAAUUUUUGGUUAUUAAGAAGUGAUUCCACUGGUCCCUUCACUGGCUUCUUGUAACAAGAAUUCACUGUAUCUG